GAGCUACCUCCUGAAACAAAAAAGGAGCUCAUUGAUUUUCUGAAAAGCAAUGUCAAAACCUUUGCAUGGUCCACCAGCGACAUGAAGGGCAUAGAUCCGAACGUCACCACCCAUAAGCUAAAAGUAGACCCUACUUUCAAACCGAUCAAACAAAAGCGUCGCAAGCUAGGCCUCGAGAAGGCUCAAGCUGUUAACGAUGAAGUUGACCGACUUACGAAAGCUGGGUCCAUUCGAGAAGUACAUUACCCCGACUGGUUAGCUAACCCAGUAGUGGUAAAGGAGAAAAACGGGAAAUGGAGAAUCUGUGUAGACUUCACAGACCUGAACAAAGCUUGUCCUAAAGACAGCUUCCCUUUACCUCACAUCGACCGCCUGGUUGAAGCAACAGCUGGCCAUCGACUCCUAUCCUUUAUGGAUGCCUUCUCAGGAUACAACCAAAUCAUGAUGGAUCCUGAUGACCAGGAGAAAACUGCAUUCAUAACCGAACGAGGAACCUAUUGUUACAAGGUUAUGCCAUUCGGAUUAAAGAAUGCGGGAGCUACCUACCAGAGGCUAGUAAAUAAGAUGUUUGCUGGGCAACUUGGAAAAACCAUGGAGGUCUAUAUUGACGAUAUGCUAGUCAAGUCCUCAGCUGGAGAAGACCAUAUCGCCCAUUUAAGAGAAUGCUUCGAUAUCCUUAACAAGUACGAUAUGAAGCUCAAUCCCACUAAAUGUACCUUUGGGGUACCCUCGGGCGAGUUCCUAGGCUACCUCGUAACCGAAAGAGGCAUUGAAGCCAAUCCGCAGCAGAUAGCAACCUUCCUAGAAAUGCCGUCACCUAGGACAACUAGAGAGGUACAGAGAUUGACUGGACGAAUCGCGGCAUUAAAUCGAUUCAUAUCCAAGUCCACCGAUAAAUGUCUCCCGUUCUACAAGCUUCUAAGAAAUAAUAAAAAGUUCUUAUGGGACGAGAAAUGCGAGGAAGCCUUCAAGCAAUUGAAAGCUUACCUCUCCGAACCUCCGAUCCUAUCUAAACCAGUAGUAGGAGAGCCAUUGUACCUGUACCUCGCUGUGUCGACUGCUGCAGUUAGCGGCGUUCUGGUACGAGAGGAACAAAACGAACAAAGACCUGUCUAUUACACCAGUAAGAGUUUGAUAGAUGCCGAAACAAGGUACCCUGCAAUGGAAAAGCUAGCUCUAGCAGUCGUAACAGCUGCUAGAAAGCUGCGACCUUACUUCCAAUCGCAUUCAAUCGUCGUAAUGACCUCACAACCAUUACGAAUGAUAUUGCACAGCCCUAGCCAGUCCGGGCGAUUGGCCAAAUGGGCCAUAGAGCUCAGUGAAUACGAUAUUGAGUAUAGACCUCGAGCAGCAGCGAAAGCUCAGGUCCUUGCCGACUUCAUCAUUGAACUAGCAUCCGAGCAAUUAGACUCCGAAAUGGAAUCUCCGAAGUGGAGCCUGUAUGUCGACGGAGCCUCAUCAAAACAGGGCUCCGGCGUCGGUCUAAGGCUAACUUCUUCAGCAGGAGAAACCAUUGAGCAGUCAUAUAGGCUCGGAUUCAGCGCCUCAAACAACGAAGCUGAAUAUGAAGCACUAAUCGCAGGGUUGAAACUCGCCCUAAGUCUCGGAAUUCGAGAACUAAACGCUUAUAGUGAUUCACAGCUAGUAGCUAGCCAGUUUCACGGAGAAUAUGAAACGAGGGACGAAAGAAUGGGGGCAUAUCUCGAAGUCGUCCAGAACCUCACCAGACAGUUCGACAAAUUCGAGCUAACAAGGAUCCCACGAGGAGAGAACUCCUCAGCAGAUGCGUUGGCUGCUUUAGCUUCCACGUCAGACCCCCUCGUAAAACGGAUCAUACCCGUAGAAGGAAUCGAAAAACCAAGCAUCGACAUAGCUACUAAAGCUGAGAAAGAGAGCAAACUAACAGAGCAACCCGAGGGUACCUGCCCUGAAACGCCUGAUCUCAAGAAUACCCCCGGGGGCACCAACUCAGACCCACUCGUCUGCAGAGUCAAAACCAGAAGCCGUUCAGCUCUCCAAAAUUCAUCUGGAGGUAUUCCUCGGAAUUCAGACUCCCUGGAACCCAAUCCUACCAAUACCUCCGGGGGCACCACAACACCAGGUCCCGAACAGGAACCUCCCUCGUCUCUUCAUAACAAAGUUGUAGGGAGAGAGGAUUGGAGAAUUCCAAUCACGCAAUACAUCCUAGAAGGAAAGACUCCACCCAAUAAAUGGGAGGCUCGAAAGCUCAAAGCAUUAAGCGCGAGAUAUUGCGUAACUGAAUCUGUCCUCCUCAAACGAAGCAUUUCCGGACCUUACCUAAAAUGCGUCCAUGGCCUCGUUGCUAUGAGACUCAUGAAGGAAAUGCACGAUGGUUCCUGCGGGAACCACUCUGGAGGAAGAGCUCUAGCCAUCAGAAUCAAAAGACAAGGAUAUUUCUGGCCUACCAUUAUUGCAGAUUGUGAGGCCUAUUCCUCUUCAUGCGACAAAUGCCAGAGGCAUGCACCGAUUAUACACCAACCUGCGGAAAAGCUGUCCAACAUAUCCGCCCCUUAUCCAUUUAUGAGAUGGUCCAUGGAUAUCGUGGGACCACUAGUAGCAUCAGGAAGUGGAAAGAAGAAGCUACGCUUCCUCUUAGUCCUAACAGACUACUUCACGAAAUGGAUAGAGGCUGAAGCUUUCCAACAGGUAACCAGGGUCGAGGUCGAGCAAUUUGUGUGGAAAGAAAUCGUGUGUAGACACGGCGUCCCAUACGAAAUCGUAACUGACAAUGGAGGACAAUUCAUAUCCCACGAUUUCAAAAUAUUUUGUGACAAGUGGAAUAUUCGCCUGACCUUCUCAUCACCUCGCCGACCUCAAGGAAACGGACAGGCGGAGGCUGCUAAUAAAUCAGUAUUAGCAAACCUCAAGAAACGCCUCGGAACCCAGAAGGAACUCUGGUCAGAAAAGUUACUUGAAGUACUUUGGGCAUGUCGAACCACCCCACGAAAAGCUACAGAAGAAACUCCUUUUUCCUUAGCAUAUGGGAUGGAAGCUGUCGUUCCAGCUGAAACCAUUGCUGGUAGCCUCCGCCGGGAACUCUGUACGUCCAAUCCCGCAGCUAAUGAUCAGCUCCUAACUGACAGCCUCGAUCUAAUCGAGGAAAGACGGGACCGAGCUCUGAUUCGCAUUCAGAACUAUCAGCAAGCAAUGGCACGACAGUACAAUUCCAAAGUCAGGCUCCGACAGUUCGCUGUAGGUGACCUAGUACUUAGGAAAGUUUUCGAAGGAACCAAGGAACCAGAUGCUGGGAAGUUAGGAACCAACUGGGAAGGUCCCUACCAGAUCAUCCACGUGGUACGACCUGGCGUUUACAAGCUCCGAAAGGUGCGAACCGGGGUACCUGAAAUCAGAUCGUGGAACGCCACGAAUCUUAAGAGAUAUUAUCAUUAGGUACCUAAAAUUCCUGAACUACGUUAGGCUUGAUCCCUUGACUGGGUACGUAGGCAACUCCGUCAUGAGUGCAGCCCCAACCUCAUUUCAACACUUCGUUCACCACAAUCA